AUGCUUUACUAUCUCAUCAACAGCUUCAAGUCCAAAAAGGACGCCGAACCCAGCCUCGAGCCAUCAAACCACCAAGAUGCCCCCAAUCCUGAAAAAUGGCUCGCCCACAAGAUCCAUCAAACAACAACUGCAACUCCCGCCCUCAACUCAAAGACCGUUACCACAACCGUUGUCGACUACCUAAACCCAAGCCUCAUCAACCUCCGCACCGUCGUCCAAAACGAUCCCUACCUCGCCGUCCUAGCAGACCAAAUGUUCACCCAAGCCGCCGCCCUUCAGCCUCGCGACCCAACAGAGCAACCCGCCGUCCAGUCCUUCCGCCAGUUCCUGCAAGUCGUCAACGUCAUCAUGCGCUCCGGGCCGCAAUUCUUCGACAGGCCGGGAAACGAGCACGCCAUGGGGUUCGUGGCGGCGCCGAUUAAUGCCUUGUUGAAUUAUCCCAUGGGCACGGCGGCCGGUUACGAGUUCUUUCGGAGGCCGGAGGUAAAUGAGGCGAUGGGGAAGGUGUUAAGUGCUUGGGGCAAGUUUCUUGCUUCGGGAGACUCGAGGGGGUGUUUGAGGGCUUGGGUGUCUGCUUCUGGGCAGAUUGUGAUGGCGGAGAGGGCGAAUGGAAGAGUUGGGGAGGGUGGUGGGUUAGGGUUUAGGGAGUUGUUUGUUUGUCCUGACCCUGAGGAUACGGAGACUCUUGGGUAUGAAUCGUGGGAUGCGUUUUUUGUGAGGCGUUUUCGGGAGGGGGUGCGGCAUGUGGAGUUCCCUGAUGAUGAGGAACAUAUUGGCGGAGAGAAGCUGUCUGUCACGGGCAGCAGUGGCAACGUUGACAUUCAGGUCGACGACAACACCUCAGUCAUCGUCAACGCGUGCGAGUCGGCGCCGCUGCAAGUCGUAUCCGAUGUCGCCCUACAAGCAGACGUCACGAUAAAGGGCCAGCCGUACUCCCUUACCGACAUGCUAAACAAUAACGCGCUCGCGCCGCAGUUCGCCGGCGGGACGAUCUACCAGGCCUACCUCAGCGCCUUCAGCUACCACCGCUGGCAUGCACCCGUGAGCGGACGGAUCGUCGAAUUAGAGAUGAUUCCGGGGACAUGGUCCGGACCCGCAGGCGCCGUGUAG